UCGGCCCACUAUACAUAUAGCCCACUAGACAAGCGGGCUUCCAUCAUUACAAUAUUACCCUCUUUUUUUUUCCCGAUUGAGGAUUUAUUUAUUUCAAAUCCAGCACAACUGCCGCUCGUUUCUUUGUCUCGCGACUCUUCACUCUCAUUGUUUCUUCAUCUUCUUCUUCUUCUUUUUCAAUUCGAUUAGGGUUUUCAAAAGUUUCAGAGACCUAUUCGCCAUCAAAGAUCUUCGAUUGUUGUGACUAUUGCUAUGAGUACCGCCAAGAAGAAGGGUUCCGAUCAGAAUCAAACAAGGAAAGGAUUCAUAAAGUUCUCGAAGAAGAUUUCGGAAUCUGAGGAAUUGAACUUCAUAAAGCGCAAUAUAUACCUGAACAAGAAGUUCAACAAGAAGGUUAAAGAUCAUGGCAUCUUCUGUUCUUGCUCUGUCUCUCCUUCCUCUUCAACUCUCUGUGGCAGUGACUGCAGUUGUGGGAUACUACUCUCAAGCUGUUCAUCUAGUUGCCAGUGCAGAUGUCAGUGCACUAACAAGCCGUUCCAACAAAGACAUAUCAAGAAAAUGAAACUAGUUCAGACGGAGAAGUGUGGAUAUGGGAUUGUAGCGGAUGAAGAUAUCAACGCAGGGGAGUUCAUCAUCGAAUAUGUUGGGGAAGUUAUUGACGAAAAGACUUGUGAAGAAAGACUUAUGAAGCUGAAGCAUAAGGACGAGACAAAUUUCUACUUGUGUCAGAUAAACUCGAACGUGGUGAUUGAUGCUACUUACAAGGGGAAUAAAUCAAGAUUUAUCAAUCACAGCUGCAAUCCUAAUGCAGAGAUGCAGAAAUGGAUAAUUGAUGGAGAGAUAAGGAUCGGCAUCUUUGCGACUCGUUACAUAAACAGAGGAGAGCAUUUGACUUACGAUUACCAGUUUGUUCAGUUUGGUGCAGACCAAGAUUGCUACUGUGGUGCAGCGUGUUGCAGGAAAAAGCUAGGUGCAAAAGCUAGAAAAGCUAAGAGCCUACCCUCUGAUGAAGCUGUGAACCUAACGGCAUGUGAAGCAGUGACCUGGAAACCACCCAAGGUUAAAAAGACUCGAGGAAGACACGCCCCCGGACAAUCUAGGAACACUCAUGGCCAAAGGAAAAUAUGUUAUCCCAACUGCAUUGGUGUGGUAAUCAUGUUGGCACGUUCCACAAACCAGAGGUGUUUUGGCAUCAUUAGGGAGUUUGAUGAGGGUUCAAGAAAGCACUUGGUCAUGUACGAGGAUGGUGUUACUGAGACCAUCGACUUGUCCAGAGAAGUUUGGAAGCUCAUAGCUGUUUGAUAUUUGCUUCUUUCUGAUUCAUUCCAUUCUUUUACCUUUUAGUUUCUCUUGAAUUGUUGAAAAUUGUCGUUAACCGGGGUAUAGACUUUGUUGUUGUACCAACUCGAAUCAGUGUGUGUGAAAUAUAUUUUGGACUAAAGUGAUAUUGAUGUUAAAACCAGAGGGGUUUGGUUAUUUGAGGACCAUAACCAAUAACCGGUUUGUUCUGUUUAUAAGUCCAGCUAUUUAUUUAUUGAAUGAGCGCACGUGAAUCUUCUGGGCUGCAGCGUCGGUAGAUUAGUAUUCAUUGUAGCAGUUAACACCACCCACGCGCCGGUGAACGACAUGGGAUUGGAUUCCGGUGGUAGGUGAUGUGGGGCCUUUAUCUCACCUACCUUAGCUGAAUAAUUUAGAAUUUAGAAGCUUAAUUAUGUUUAAUUUUUGCAUAAAACAUGCAUUUAAAUAUUUAACGAAAUAGUGAAGUAUAUACAAGUAGACACAAUUAUUAUUUUUACCACUUCCUGAGUUUUAUAAUAUAAGUAGUUUUAGAAAUUUUCUUUUAUUUUAAAAUAUAAAUUAUUUUGGCAUCAAUGUAAUUUUUUUAUUUUGUUAGUUAUUCUGUGACCAAUUAAAUUACCAAUUAUAUUUAAAUUAUUAUAAAAUUACUUACAUUUUAAAAUAGAAAGAGUAUUACUAUUUAAUAGAGUAUUAAUUUACGUAAACAUGUGUUAAAAUAGUGAACAUAUGUUU